CGACUCGCUUCUUCUACCACCACCACCACUGCGUCUUGUGGAUUUGUGGAUUUGUACUACGUACUUGUUUCAUGCCAAUAGUCAAUCCCGACCAACUUGUUGAUGCUUUCAAAAAAUCCGGCGAAUUUGAUCGGCUGAGACGUGAGCUGCUUAGUGAGUUCCAGCAAGGUAAUGGUGUCGAUAUCAAUGAAUUUAAAUCUAAGAUAGAAUCCUACAUCAAGAACCGCUUGGUGUCCGAUGAGAAACUCAAGUACCUGCCUCAGGAUACCGUACAGCGCGAGCUAAUGCUCGAAGUUGACAGAUACCCCACUGUCGAGCGGGCGGUCACGGAUAUGGCCGUGUUCUCAAACCCCACCUUCCUGUCCAAUAUUCAGGCUACAGCUAAUCGGCUACUCCUCGAAGACAGAGGGCUCAAACCUGUCGAAUCCCCCGUCCGUCCAGAUAGCAUCGCUACUAGCUCGAUCCGGCCCACCCCGAUUGGGACACCUUCAGCACAUGAUCGCAUCGAGCACGGUCACUUCUUGCCUGAAAUACCUUCUACUCGAUAUCCAGAGCGACGGGCUUCUCCCGUUUCAGCUACUGCGGAAAACCGCUCUUCGACGGCCCCGUCUCCCAACCACAAAGCUGGGGACAAGGCGGUGGUAGAAGACGGGAAGGUAGAUGCUACCGCCACACCGCUUCCGGAGAAUGAGGUUUCCAUGCCUACAACUGAAGGCGAAAAUAAGGUCGUGGAUGGCGCUGGAGGAUCGGACACGACUUAGAAAAGUUAGAACCGACAAGUCCCGCCCUUUACAUACAUGUACCAUUUUUGGACUUGGGAAUACGAACCCCAGUCUUUCCCUGGUGCUCCCACAGGCUUCUGACCAUUUCCUACUGA